AUGAGAGCCACUCGCAAUACCAGCGUCCAACCGAAACUAGAACCAACCGAUCCGCCUCCUAUGCCUCAACAAACUCGCUACUCCCUUCGUAAGACCGCGGCUCGAAAGGAAGCCAUCCUCGGCACCACAAAGACUGCAAGCCCAGUCCAGAAAGCUCGAAAGCAAAAGCAAGCCGCGGCGAAGACCAAGUCAAAGGCAAAGGAACGACAGGCCACAGUCAAAGUCAAGGUGACGCCCAAACAGAAGCCAUCGAAGAAAUCCAAAGCACCCACCAAACGCGAAUCCACGACCCCGACUUCCACAUGGAGGUUCCUCGCAUCGCCCAAGAGUGUCGCUUCCUUUUCGUUGUCGGUUGGGCCAAUCGUCGACGGUGCCACCUCGAUUAGCGCGGUAAUGCGCGAGAAGGGGAAUGUCGCGGCACCCUCGGUCUCCCAACCUCCUUCGCCCAUCGUCGACAAGGCUCCCACCGCUAUCCCCGACGUUGAUCAACGCGCCGGACCCUCGACCGCGCCUGUGGCCUCUCCCGUCACUCCUCCUCGUCCUGCAACCCCGUCCACCGGUACGGCUUCCCCAUUCCUCGAGCUCGCCACUGUUCGUGGCCCCACCAUAAGCUACCGCAAGUCCGCGAGCCCCAGAACCCGCAGCCCCACCCCGGACUACCCAUCCUCCAAACAGCGCGUCUACACCGUCAUCCUCCUCGGCAACCUCAACCUCUCCGCCGCACUCGCCGACAAUUUGACGACCAUGACGCAGCAAACCAUUAUCAACGACAUCUUGUGGAAGGUCAAGGAGGAGAAGAAGAAGCCAGAGUCGGCUCAGCGCGAGAUGUACGGCCUCACCAAGGAGGAAUUCGAGCGAUUUGAGGAUUUCGUUGCCGGUGGUGUUGGAAGGACCAAGGCGGAGAGGGGAAUUGUCGAGGAGGACGUCAUCGAGGAAGUCGCCGAGGAAGCCACCGUCUCUCGUGCUGCGAGCAUUACUCCAGAGGUCGAGGAGGCUCCCGAGCAGGUUUCUCGUGCUGCGACCGCCGAGCCAGAGGUUGAGCAGGAGGCUCCCGAGGAGGUUGUUGUCAGUCGCGCCGCAAGCAUGACCCCCGAGAUCCAGAAGGGCCUGGAGGAGCAGGUUGUCCAGGAUGGAGAGGUCGAAGAAGCCGAGGAUGAAGCAACUGCGCUAGAGGAAGACGCCGAGACUGUUACGACCGGAGAUGCCGGCAACGAUGCUCCAGUUCGAGAGACCACCCUCAAGCCCGCCACCGACGACGACGAUUCCGAUACCCGCACCGAGGUUGCUGUCACAGCAGUCCAGGCUGACGAAAUCUUCGGCGUUUCUGAUGGAGAGAGCAGCGAUCCCGAGCAAGAAAUUCAGAUUAUCGAGCAGAACGACCACGACGGCGAACCCGAGGAAAUUGGAGACGAGGAAGAACAACCAGAGCCUGCACUAGUACCGGCUCAAGUUCCUGAGGAAGAAACCACCGUUUCGGCAUCGCCCAAACACGUUUCGCCUCAGGUCCACGCACAUGACGAUACGGCCGACAAGGCUACCACUACAACCAACACGGUUGAGACGGCCACCCAAGCAGCAGAAUCGCCUGCAGUGUCCUGCGGCGAGCAACGCGAGGAGGGCCCACAGACGCCAAAGAGGUCCAGACCUAUUUUUACCGCCCAAGACCUGGCGACCUACGAGAGACUCAAGCGUCUCAAUCCACACGGCACAGCCGCCGAAGAAUACCUCAAGGAAAAGCUCAACCGACCCAGCUGGCUGGGAACCGGUGAUACUCCUCCCGACCCAAACCGCAAGUUCGACGAGGCGUUCUUUAGGCGACGCGACUUGAAGUGGAAGACACUUUACGGGUUGUGGCGGUAUUAUGGCAGAUGGGAGGGUGUGGCCGGUGAGACCAGCAAGGAAUGGUGGGCGAAGUACCGGGAAGAGGUGCACGAUCGGGCUUUGGUCUACAGCAACGCGGCUUGGAAGGGUAGAAGGAGGAUCGUCAGGAUUUUUGGAAGCGAUGGCAGGAGACGUGUUCGAUUUGUGAUCCCCAAUGUUACCCGGAAGCGUCCUUUGGAUGUCGAUGGAGAUGAAGACGAAGAAGAGGAGGGGAGGAGGAUCCGCCGACGGUGUGAGGUGAAUGGUGACCAGCCCCGCGGGUGGUUCCCCGUCGUUAGGAUGGAGAACGUGCUCAAGUGGGCGGCGGCGGCUGCCCUCGUCACCCUCGCGAUCAGAUAA